AUGAAAGUAUUAUCAAGAAAGAUUGUAAAUAAUGAUAUGACAAAUAAUUAAAAGAAAGAAUGGAAUUAAUAAUAAAAUGGAUGUUUAGAAAAGGUUAUAUCAUAAAGUGAACCUGUAAAAUAUAUUGAAGAAGAAAUCUUGAUUUGCAAUGAAGAAACUGGCAUGAUGGAAAGAAAACUUAUAAGAAGACCAUUAACUCAAAAGGAUGAUUAAAUAAAAUAAGGAAAUAAUUUAUCAGAAAGAAAUUUUUAAGGAGAUAGAAUUGUAUCAAAAAAAUAAUUGAAAAUGGUUUAAGUCAAGAAAAGAAAUAACAAUGGGUAAUAGAUAAAAAUGGUAAAAUGGAAAAAGUCAUCUCACAUGAACCAUUAUAAUAUAUUGAAGAAGAAGUUUUAGUAGUGAACAAAAAUGGAAAAUAGGAAAGAAAAUUAAUAAGAAAGCCAUAUCACGGAUAAGAUUUAUAGAUUGGGGAAGAAUUAAAUGAAGGUAAAGGAAACACUAAAGUUGUAGCCAGAAGAAUAAUUGAUAAUUAAUAAUCAAGUUAAGAAUUAUAAAAAUGGUAAAAACAAGGAGAUUAAAUGGAAUUAAUUUUAGUUAAGGAAGAACCAACUCAAGUUGUAAUUGAGGAGGUACUUGUUUAUAAUGCUGAUAAAGGUGUUAUGGAAAGGAAAUUUAUUACAAAACCAAUUAAUUCUUAAGAGGUUGAUAAUCCAAAUGUAAAAGUUUUAUAAAGAAAGGUUGUUGAUAAUCUAAAGAAUUAAUAAUUGGGUGAAUAGAUAAUAGCAGAAGAACCUGAAUAAUAUAUUGAAGAGGAAAUCAUAGCUAUUAAUCCAAGAACUGGUAAAUAGGAGAGAAAGCUCAUUAGAAAACCAUAUUAUGGAGAAGAUAUUGAAUUAGGUGAUGAUAUUGAUGAGGUUGGAUAAAAAAGUGAAAGAAUCAUUUCAAGAAGAAUAGUUGAAAAUGAGGACACUACUGAAGGGUUAAAAGAGUGGAAAUAACAAUCUGAUGGUUCAAUGGUUAAAAUUAUUGCUUAAAAUGAACCUAUUAAGUAUAUUGAAGAAGAAAUAUUAGUUUUAAAUCUUGAAACUUAAUAAAUGGAAAGAAAGUUAAUUCGUAAACCUUAUAAUCCUAAUGCUAAAUUAGGUAGUGUUAAAGAGACUGAUCAAGAUGGAAAUGUAAUUGUUUCAAGAAAAAUAGUAGAGAACAAAUAGUCAUAACGAAGAUGGACAGUAAAAUAAGAUGGGAAAUUAGAAUAAGUAAUUUCUAAAACUGAACCAAUUUAAUUUAUUGAAGAGGAAGCAUUAGUUCUUAAUCCUAAAACAAAUUAAAUGGAAAGAAAGAUAAUUCGGAGACCCAUAUUAGCAGGGGAUUCAGAAUUGGAUACAGGUGAUUCUUUGAAUGAAUCUAAGGGCAAUCAAAAAGUGGUUGCUAGGAGAGUUGUUUAAAAUGAGUAAUCAUAAGAUUAACUAAAGAAGGAAGGAUGGUUAAUAGAUAAUAAAUCAGGAUAGAUGGAAUUAGUUUCGAAAGAACCUAUUAAAUUUAUAUAAGAGGAGAUACUUGUUUAAACAGAAGAUGGAUAAUUAAUUAGAAAAUUAGUUAGAAAACCAUUUAAUCCAAAACUAAAAGUUGGAAAUAAUUUAUAAGAAAUAGAUAAUGAUGGCAAUAGAGUGUUAUCAAGGCAAGUGAUAGAAAAUAACUAAUCUUUAGCUAGUUUGUAAGCAGAUGGAUGGAAUGUCUAGAAGUAGGAAAAAAUCAUAUCUUAGGAACCUUUGUAAUAUAUCGAAGAGGAAGUAAUUAUAGUGAAUCCAAAAACUGGAAAACAGGAAAGAAAAAUAAUAAGAAAACCAUAUUAUAAUGAGGAUUUAGCUGUUGGAGAUUAAUUAAAUGAAGUGAAUGGAGGAUAGAGAGUUUUAGCUAGAAGGAUAGUAGAUAAUGAAUAAUCAUUAAAUUGA